AAAUCGUCCGUGAAGUUUGAGGGGAAUGUUAAAUGCACUUCCGCCCCGCAGGGAGCGUCAGCAAACUUCACCACGUGACCUGGCAGCCUCCGAGGCCCGCAAGUUGGGAGCAGAGGCCGGGGUUCCGCCAUUGCCCCCGGGGCUCGGCAGCGAUGGAUAUCGCGCACCUCAAGAGCGGGAGCUCGGUGCUGAGCAAUGUGGCGGAGGUGGUGGAGCGGAUUCUGACCUUCCUGCCGACAAAGUCGCUGCAGAGGAGCGCCAGGGUAUGCCGACUAUGGAGGAAUUGUGCACGUAGGGUCAUCCGGAUGCAUCAAAGGCUAUCGUGGAUCUCUACAAAAGGCCACGCAUACAUAGAUGAGGAAGAUGGCAAUCAUUUCCUGGUGAAAAAAAUGAUUGUUGACUUGGAGGAGGUUUAUGUGCUGCCAGAAACAGUACUUUACAUGGCUGGCACUGAUACUUUCAGCACACAAAGUAUUAACAGGCGGAAGAAAGAGAGGAGACAUGGGCUGGCAAAGAAAAGCAAGGAUGCAGAAGUGGCAGCAAAACUGGAGAACUUACUGCCUUUUGAGUGCAAAACAGUGGGGGUCAGUUGCCCUGGAAUUGUCUACACUCCUAUGGGAUGUGGCACGCAGAGACCUCUCGAGGUAGAAGAUGGAAUUGCAGGGUUUGCCCUACUCCUGCCCAAAAUCGAUGGAGUGACAGUCAAAUUCUUCCACUUGUCGAACAAAGAUUUGAACAAUAACACAUUUGAUCAAGACAAACUCCAGGAGGCAGGUCUUCAGGAUAACCCUGACCUCCGUGUUGUCCUCCUGUUUGGAUACAACACCUUUAAACCUGCUGCUGCAGAUUUCAUUCAGCGACUCACCAGGCCUUUCAAUGUGAGGAACACUGUUGUGGUGGGGGGCCAUGUUGACCGAGUGUUUUCACCCAGUUCUGAAAGUAUUGAUGUCCGGCACAUGUACGGUUUUGUUGGCCUGUCGUUGAGUGGAAGACCGAUCCAGGCAGCGUCCAUCCUCCUGGACGAGGACGUCGAGACCCCCAAGAGUGCAGAAGCAGCGAUGCAGCGUCUCAAAGCGGCCAACAUCCCCGAGACCAACACAGUGGGAUUCAUGUUCGCCUGCAUCGGACGGGGUCAGAACUACUACUCCAACAAGGAGAACGUAGAAGCGGAUGCUUUCAGGAAGCAGUUUCCAGGCAUUCCAUUAUUCGGGUUUUUCGGUAAUGGUGAAAUCGGCUGUGACCGCAUCGUGACUGAGAUCUUCUCACUGAGGGAGUGUGGCAACUCCUCAGAUUGCGAUGAAUUGCUUCAUGGCUACACAACAGUGAUGGCGCUUAUUCACCUGGGGCCAGUUAAAUAAAAAUUAAAAACCCUUCGAUAAGCUCAACAGGGUGUUAACAGUUGGGCUGACGGUAUACAAAGGUACAUGCCAGUUGUGGGUCAGUCUUCAUUGCUUCGAAAAUAUUUGCACAAAGUGCAGAAAAUUGUUUGAAUAGAUCAAGAAAAAUUUACAGGGGUAGGCCCAUAAAAUGAUUGAGUUAAGUGAUCUACUCAAACAAUCCUCUCAAAUUCCAAGAGAAUAGGGUGAGCAACCAAGCUUUCAGAUGUUGUCAGUUCAAUCGAUUCUGUAGUUUUUGACAGUUUUGAUUUUCAUCUUUAUUACAUUUGAAUGUAGAACUAAUCGUGAAUAAAUACACAGUAUUUCUAGUGAUUUUAUUGUAAUUUUAAAAAAAUUGUGUUCUUUUGUGGUUUAAACCAAAGCAUUAUGCAGGAUCUUAACAGUGUGGCAGGUAAAUCUGGAAAGGGCUUCUUGAUAAUGAUGAAUGCUGACCAGCUUAUCAUCUGGACUGUCCCAAUAAAAUCCUCUGGCUGAGA